CGUUUAAAACACAAUGCGUCCGAUUUCGCGAGCCGCUUUGCGAUCAUACGUCUGUCCGUCAUGCCGACAUGGCAUUGGCGCUGGUCGACGACGGUUCGGUACCAAGAUCGACCAGACUCCCGACAUCUACGAUGUGGUCUGCGUCGGAGGUGGCCCAGCGGGCCUAGGUCUUCUGGCUGCCCUUCGAGCUUCUCCCGUCACAUCGAAGCUUAAGGUCGCCCUCAUCGAAAGCCAGGAUCUCAACAAGGCGCGGGCCUGGAAUAUGGACUCGACGCAGUUCUCCAACCGGGUCAGCAGCUUGACGCCCUCAUCUAAGGAGUUCUUGCAGAAAAUUGGUGCAUGGGAGCACUUGGAUACGGAACGUGUGCAGGAUUACCAGGAGAUGCAGGUGUGGGAUGGCGAGAGUGGAUCCCGAAUAUCGUUCGACUGGUCAAUGGAUACGCCUGCAUUCGAGGAUAUGCGCACUGUGGCGACGAUGACAGAGAAUGCAAACCUGGUGCGCGGACUUUUGGGGAGAAUCGCCGCAUCUGGGGAUGAGAAUCUGAAGCUCUUCUCGAAUACCACUGUUGCUGGUAUUGAGAAUGGAACGGAUCUUCAAACCGAGGGUCCGGACUUGUCCGCUUGGCCUGUUCUCUCCAUCAAGCCAACAGGAGCCACCGCAGAGACCCAGCCGUCCUCUCGAAUCGCCGCGAGACUUUUGGUCGGCGCGGAUGGUAUCAACAGCCCUGUCCGCUCUUUUGCGGACAUCACCACUCACGGCUGGGACUACAACCGACACGGCAUCGUGGCUACUCUCUCCCUCGCUGACCCCAUUACUCCUCCAUUCCCUGCCUACAUGCGCACAGCUUACCAGCGCUUCCUCCCCGCGCUUGGCGGUCCAAUUGCUCUACUCCCUCUACCCAACAACCACGCCACACUUGUCUGGUCCACGACCCCCGAGAACGCCGCACACCUCAAAUCCCUCCCCCACACCGGCCUUCCUGGCUAUGGUCAACGCGGCAUUCCGCCUGUCCAUGACCGAUCUCACUUACAUGAUGGGCAUGACCGAAUCAUCAUCAGAAUCUACCUCCCACGAGGACGAGCUCUCCUGGCGCAUUCAACACACCCCCCUCCCCGCACAAAUCCCACCCAUGGCGACAGGCGUGCAAACAGGAACCGUUGCAUCUAUAUCUCUCCGCGCGUCGCCCUCGUCGGCGACGCCGCGCACGUCAUACACCCGCUUGCUGGCCAAGGCCUAAACUUGGGUCUUGCAGACGUUGCUGCGCUCUCACGGACGAUCGAGUACGCGGUAUCCCACGGUAUGGAUAUCGGCGAUCUGUUGACACUAGAGCGGUACUCGUCGGAGCGGUACCUGCCCAAUGCUAAGAUCGGGGGUGCUUGCGAUCUGCUGCAUAAGAUGUAUAAUAUCCCCGGCCAGGGUCCCGUCACCUGGGCACGCAGCCUGGGUCUGGAUGUGAUUGAUAAGUUGCCGUUUGUCAAGUCGUUUUUGAUGAAGAAUGCAGAGGGGUAUUAG